CUGUUGCAGGUUUUAAUGUUAUGAUAUGGAAAAGAGUAAUCUUUGAAUCUUGUCAACUAAGAGUGUACAUGGUUGAAGAUGAUGUUCCUUCUCCAGAGUUAAUAAACUCAAAGCUGCUUUAUGGAUGUCAUGAGUGUGUCCUCUUCCGUCAGCUCUGCUGUCAUGGAAGUUGCAUGUUUACAUAAUGCCAAGUGUGAGUCACAGUUACUACAAAACAGCAAUGAAUCAGAAGUAUAUAUCGUUGAAGAUCUGAGAUGGAAACUCUGUCAAGCUAAAAAAGAAAAAUUAGACUUAACCAUUAAACACAAUCGAGAACUGUCUGACUAUGAAAGCCAGAUAGUCAAAUUACGGUCAGAAAUUGAGAAAGGAGAGGCUGUUCGACAGCAUCUGGAGUAUGAAUUGGCAAUUGCCAGAAAAGAUGGUCGUCUGAACAUGCAUGCUGCAGAAGAGAAAUUAAGUGAUGCAAAUACCAAACUUGUGGAACUGCAAAUGUUAAACGAAGAACUGCAGCAGAAAGUGGCAGAGACUGAGAAAACGUUUCAUAUUGCUCAGCAGAAGUGGAAAGAAGAACAGCAAAGACAUGCAAGUGAGAAGGAUGAUAUCCGUAGAACUUGCAAGAAUGAAUAUGAAUUGCUUCUCAAGGAAAGAGCCAAACUAGAAAGUUUUUUGGAGGGACAAAACGAUGCAUUGCAAAAUAUAUGUAAGAAAAUGAAAGAUAUGGAGAUGGAACACAGUGGCUGUACUGAGCUGCUGAGGCACCAGGUCAAUCAGAUUGAACACAGUGCUGAACGAGAGGAACAACUGAAGAAAGAACUUGAAGCAGCUACAGUGAGAAUAAAGAAACUGGAAGAAAACAUUGAAGCAGAGAGAGCAGCACAUUUGGAAUCCAAAUUCAAUUCAGAGAUCAUCCAGUUAAGAGUUCGAGACCUUGAAGGAGCUUUGCAGGUGGAAAAAGCCAGCCAAGCAGAAGCUUUUUCAAAUUUAGAAAUGAUCAAGAAAGAGUUUAAAGAGAUAGAAAAUGCAUAUGAGAGAGAAAAACGCAAUGCCCAAGAGAACCUGGAAAAACUCAGUGUGUAAGUUAACUUUUGAAUUCAUUGUAAAGUGGCAGUAGUCAGCUUGAGUACCACUUAUAGUUUACAUUCUUUCUAGUUUUCACUCACUGGAAAACAGUCUGAUGCAAUUUGCCAAACUCAGCCAAAGUUCAGAACCUGGCGUUCCAUUAAUAAGUUCAUAUCAGUAACCAUACAUAUUAUGAGUAAGUAGAGAAAAUAACUGAUCUGUUAUAGAUUAUUUGCCAAAGCACGGGUGUUGAAAAUAAUAGAUAUGAUAGGGUCCUGUUUCCAGUAGUGCUUGAGAGGAGUGUAGCAAA